GUUGUCAUAGUCUUUCACAAAAUUCGAAACAUCAUGGGUCUCCUUAUGAGUUACAUGGGAGGAACAGGAUUUGGGUUAGCAACCCAGGCAACAAGUUUUGUAACAGGAACACUCUAUGAUCGAUUUAUUGAGAGACAAAUCAAAGAUUUUGAUGCCUUCCACGCUGCAAUUCUUGAUAUCUUCAAUGCUAUCAACAUGGCCUUGCCUGGUAAGCAUUAUGAUGCACCAGCACACAGGGAAAUUGAGAUGUUCUAUGAAGAAUGGCAUAGUGAAUCCAGGGAGGAUACAAAAAAGGAAAUUUUCAGCAAAUUCAUGUACAAUAAUGUGAAUCUCAGCAAAGCAGACGAAUCUAUGAUGAUCACUGGGUUAGUGGCUCCUCCAGCUGCCAUGGUAGCUAAGAGAGCUGGACAAUCUCUGCCUCAGCUAAGUGUUGUCAAAUCCAUCCCUGAUGUUGCCUUUGUUCCCACAGCUACUAUCUUUGCUCUAAUUGCUGUUAAGCUCUCCAAGAGAAUGGCAUUCAAGAAUCUCCCAUCAUAACUUUCCCUUUUGAUGCAUGAGAUGUAAUUGCAUGUGUAAAUCUCAAACUGCUAAUUUUAAUGUUUCAUGUCAUUCAUGUUAUUCCAAUGCAAAUAAUUGUGAACCUUUUUUUUUUCCUUAAAAGGGUAGAUAAUUGUGAAAUUGACACUAAUGAACAAUGAUGAAUUCCAUUGCCAAUAGG